UGGAAGAUGGCGCCCAGGGACCGCCAUCGCUCCUCGGCUCCGCUGCAGGUCCUGCUCUUCCUCAACGGCUGGUACUGCGCCACAUAUUUUCUCCUGGAAGCGUUCGUGUUCGUGUACAAAGUGCUGCUCCUGCCCUAUCCCGUCUCCAACUUGGUGUUGGACGUGGUGCUGCUCCUCCUCUACCUCGGCAUUGAGGCCACACGCAUCUUCUUCGGCUCCAAGGGGAACCUGUGCCAGCGGAAGGUGCCGCUGUCCCUCAGCCUGGCACUUACAGUGCCGGCAGCUGUGCUGGCUGUGUACUACCUGCUGCUCCAGACAUAUUCCCUGCGCCUGGAAGCGUUCCUGAGCGCCAUCCUGCUCCUCUUCUACGGCCUGGAGCUGCUCCUGGGCGUCCUGGCACUCCUCUCCUUCUCCAGCACGGAUCCCUACUGAGGACACGGCCCAGGGACACAGGGGAGCACCACCCGUGCCAGCUCCAUUUCCCAGCCCCGGGAAGGGGGAGGAUCCCUCCUUUCCCACUGCCCAUUUCACCUGGUGCCACCUGGACAUAUCCCUCCUACAUUUGUCACUUCUACGUGGACACAUCCCUCCCAUUUUUCCUUCUUCCCACUUCACCAGGGACCUGCUGCCACAUAUUCAUCCCUCCCUUUUCCCACUUCACUCACUGCCCCCUGGACAUAUCCCUCCCACCUUUCCCACUCUCCAAUCCUCUUGGACUCCUCAGAGCUUGAGCCAGCUCAAGGUAUGAAGAAUCCUUUUUUAUUUCUACGACCUUCCACAAUAAUUCACUAUUUUCCAAUAAAUAUUUAUUUUUA